AUGGAUCCCUACAAAAAAGGGGAUGUUACGGAAAUAAGCGUGCAUUGCAGCUCGAAAGACCACGACAUCGGCACGCAUAUUGUGCGCCCACAUGCCGACUUCAAUUUCAGCGUCUGCAACCGUUUUUGGGCCGAUAGCAAGUGGACUUGCGACAUUGCAUUGGUCCUUGUACCGCGGCUUCAUGUUAAGAUCGAAGCCUUCACGUCGAAGAUGGCCGGGGAUUUUGCGUGUGGGAUGAAGCGGCAAUGCUAUUGGGAUGUAAAUGGCUAUGGAUUCUUCUUUGGGGAAGACCUUCGGAAAAUGAAGAAGAAGUAUGAUUGGCCGUUGAAUGGUACACUUUCUGAUAUCGGGGAGAAGAAGAAAAUGUAUGGUUUGUCGAGAGGGCCUUCCGAUAUAGGAUUUUGA